AUGGCUGGGUCCCGUACGAGUCCGGUGUUGAGAGACCAGUGGAAUGCCGACCCGGAUCGUGAUCCCCGUGACAGGGAGAGACGGAGAGGUCGAGGGUCAGGCCGCGAUCGAGGGAGAAACAGAGGUCGCGACCGAGGCCGUCCAUAUCGGCCCAAUAACCGUAAUUUCGAUCGUUCGGGGCGGUCGCCACCACGCGCGUCCCGCUUUGGCCCUGACUCUUCUCACGACCUAGGUGAUUUCGCUCCGGAUCGAUCUCCUCCUCGGGGUUCUCCUCCACCUCGAAACUUCCAUAAUGGCCGUCGACUAGAUUCAACCCAACCUAUGCCAUCAGCCGGUGACUGGAACGCCCACAGUUCCGGAUCUUUCGACAGAGAAGCCCCCGGUUUUCGAAGAGACGAGGCAUCAACCGGACCUCCACAGAAACGGCAAAGGACUCGAAGCCCCUCACCGCGAGGUGGCCGUGGCCCUCUUCCUCCACCGCGUCCAAAUUACUCUGAUAACUGGGAUAUCCGGGAUCGAAGCCCUCCUUCAUUCAAGAAACGAGGUGGCCGCAACCAAGGUCGUGGUGCUCCGAGAAGAAGAUCACCACGCCGGGGCCGGGACCGUCGGGGGAAAGACCGUCGUCGUCCAGACAUCACCCGUCCAGGAAGGUCUAAGUCACCGAUUCAUGAACGAGGGUUUCCUUCGCCCGAUCGACGGUCUCGUACCCCUGGUGGUGACAAUUACAGCGACCAUGGGUCUCACUAUCGAUCGAACUCACGGCACUCCGUACGAUCUGCAACCUCAAGAUACUCUGAGUCAUCUCGCAGGUCAAGACGUGAUUCAGCGAUGAACACAAACCGACCGAUUCAGUCUGUUGUGGACGAUACUGCUCGGUCUCCAUCUCCACCACGCCCGAUUCCGAGUUUUGACUCUGAUAACUUCGGAGAACACUCUACUCACUCUAGAGAUGAGUUGCCAAUGCAUGCAAUGCCUCGCCGUCGGCCAUCUCGACCACACCUUGAUACCCGGCCCUAUGCAAACCCUCAAAACGCAACAUCGACAGGCUCAUACCACGGUUCGCCGCAACCGCCCUCGCCUUACUCCGCACGAGGAGGAUGGUCUGGCCAGCCUCCGUAUCCUGGAACCGAGUGA